AAACUUAAAUCACCCGAAUCAGAGCCGUGGUGGAAAACAGCACUUACUCUUAGUUAUCUUAAAGUCGCUGCACCACAUCACGAAAAUAUAUGGAAAGAUAAAUACGAGAAAGCUCGCGAAUAUCUUUCUAAACAAAUUGGAGAUGCUGCAGCAGAAAAAGAAUUAUUAGAUUGCACCGACGCGUAUGUCAUUGAUAAUGUCACUAAAAAGGUUGAGAAAGAUCAUAAGAAGACUGCAGCACUUCCUAUUGUUCAGGAAGCAGCUUCUCCCGAGAAACACAAAGAAAUUGUAUCUAAACAAAAAGAUGAUGGCUGUAUUGAGUUAGAUGAUUCAGUGUGCAAAGAAUUAGAUGCUCCCAAGGAAGACAUUAUUACUACAAUUAGAAAGAAGAUAGCUAACAAAAAACUUCAAUUACCUGAAUUUUCAACAAGUCUUGAAACCGCUAUUAACCUUUCAUAUCUAAAAAAUGCCGCAGCUAAAUAUGAAGGUGACUGGAAAGACAAAUAUAAUAAAGCCCGUGAAUAUCUUUCUAAGCAAAUUGGAGAUAAAGAUGCUGAAGAGGAAUUAAUAAAAUGUGCCGAUGAGUAUGUAGUUGAUAAAGUAACUGACAAAGUAAUUGAUGAAAAGAAACGGGAUGUAAUUGACAAUAAGAAAGAUAAAAUACCAAAAACUGAAAAAGGUAAAAACUUUUUCGGUGGUCUUUAUGAGACGGCCGCUAAACUUGGUGAUCAAAUUGAAAAUGCCCUUACAUUUGAUAAAGACAAACAUGAUGAUCAUGAAAAAGCAGAAGCUCUCAUUGUCGUUGAAGAAUCAGCCACUCCUGAAAAAUGCAAAGAAAUCGUUUCAAAACAAAAAGGUGAUGGCUGCAUUGAAUUAGGUGAUUCGGUUUGUAAUGAACUAGAUGCUCCUAAAGAUGAAAUCAUUACAACAAUUCAAAAGAAAGUUAAAAAUGAUAAACUUAAAACACCCGAGCGUAAAUCAAGUCUUGAAACCGCCAUUAACAUUUCAUACCUCAAGAAAGCUGCACCCGAUCAUGAAAGUUUAUGGAGAGACAAAUAUAAUAAAGCUCGUGAAUAUCUUUCUAAACAAAUAGGAGAUACUAAAGCCGAAAAAGAACUUUUAGAUUUGGCGGAUAAUUAUGUAGUUGAAAAUAGUAUAAAGAAAGUGAUUAAAGAUAAAAAGAGAAAUGCAGUAGGUAAAGCGCGAGAUUCAGCCACACCAGAAAAAUGCAAUGAUAUAGUAUCUAAACAAAAGGAUGACGGAUCUUUUGAACUUAGUGAGACGAUCUGUGAAGAAAUAGAAAUUCCUGUUGACGUAGUACCUGUAGUAAAGAAAUGUACACAAAACGAGAAACUUAAAUCACCCGAAUCAGAGCCGUGGUGGAAAACAGCACUUACUCUUAGUUACCUUAAAAUCGCUGCACCACAUCAUAAAAAACUAUGGGAAGAUAAAUAUAAUAAAGCCCGCGAUUAUCUUUCUAAAGAAAUUGGGGAUAAAGAUGCUAAGGAAUUAAUAGAUUGUACUGAUAAAUAUGUAGUUGAUAAUGUCACUAAGAAGUUUGAAAAAGAUCAUAAGAAAGCCGCUGCACUUCCUCUUGUUCAAGAAUCGGCUUCUCCCGAGAAAUGUAAAGAAAUUGUAUCUAAACAAAAAGAUGAUGGUUGUAUUGAAUUGGAUGAUUCAGUGUGUAACGAAUUAGAUACUCCUAAAGAAAAUAUUAUUAAUACAAUUCAAAAGAAAGUUAAAAAUGAUAAACUUAAAACACCCGAGCGUAAAUCAAGUCUUGAAACUGCCAUUAAUCUUGCAUACCUUAAGAAAGCCGCAUCCCAGUAUGGAGAUUUAUGGAAUGAUAAAUAUAAUAAGGCUCGUGAAUAUCUUACUAAACAAAUUGGAGAUAAAGAUGCUGAAGAGGAAUUAAUAAAAUGUGCCGAUGAUUACGUAGUUGAUAAGGUAACAGACAAAGUAAUUGAAGAAAAGAAACAGGAUGUAAUUGAUCUUAAGAAAGAUGAAAUACCUAAAUCUGAAAAACCCAAAAGCUUCUUCGGUGGUCUUUAUGAGGUGGCUGCUAAACUUGGUGAUCAUCUUGAAGAUGCUUUCUUGGUUGAUAAAGACAAACAUGAUGACCAUGAGAAAGCGGAAGCUCUCAUUAUUGUUGAAGAAUCAGCCACUCCUGAAAAAUGUAAGGAAAUCAUCUCGAACCAAAAAGAUGAUGGUUGUAUUGAAUUGGAUGAUUCAGUUUGUAAAGAACUGGAUACUCCAAAAGAAGAAAUUAUUACAACAAUUCAAAAGAAGAUUAAAAAUGACAAGCUUAAAUCACCCGAGCACUCACCAAGUCUUGCAACUGCAAUUAAUCUUGCAUACCUUAAGAAAGCUGCACCCCAUCACGAAGGUUUAUGGAGAGAUAAAUAUAAUAAAGCCCGUGAAUAUCUUACUAAACAAAUAGGAGAUAAGAAUGCUGAAGAGGAAUUAAUAAAAUGUGCCGAUGAUUACGUAGUUGAAAAUUGCACAAAGAAAGUGAUUAAAAAUAAAAAGAGAAAUGCAGUAGUUACUGUGCAAAAUUCAACUACACCAGAAAAAUGUAACGAUGCAGUUUCUAAACAAAAGGAUGACGGAUCUUUUGAAAUUAGUGAGACGAUUUGUGAAGAUAUAGAUGUUCCUGUUGUAGACAUAGUACCUACAGUAAAGAAAUGUACACAAAAUGAAAAACUUAAAACACCCGAAUCCGAGCCGUGGUGGAAAACAGCACUUGCUCUUAGUUACCUUAAA